UCUGUAAUAUAAGUAUCCCGUAUUAAAAAAUAGAGUUAUAAACGAUUAGAGUGGAUCACUGGCAUUACGUAUAGCUUGCGUGCUUAUAACGCGUAUUAACGUGUAAAAUAAAAAAGUUAUUUAAAAGUUGCAAUUUAUAUCUGCAUUUAAUUUCUCAGUAAACGUUAUAACGAAUCAGCAAUUUUGAUCGUAGCAGAAUCUUUUAUCUAAUCUGUUGCCAGAAAAUAGGGGCAACUUGGCACUUGAUAUAAUCGAAGGCAUUCCUCAGGAAUAAACAAUCUAAUGCAAUUUCGUAAUUUUGAACUAAAACGAUAGUUAAUUGAUAUAAAUCACCUUACAUAACCAAAGUAACAACAAGGAAACGGCAAAUAGAAUUGAAAAUAAACAGUAACUCGAAUCAUUUGUUUAUCUUAUAACAAUUUAUCAUGUUUAUGAUCAUGUUUAUCAUGUUACUGACAACGAAGAUACUACGACGUAAAAUGCUUGUUAACUGCAAGAUUGGAGAGCACGUGAUGACGAAUUGGAUCUUAUAUCACAAAGAUAACAUCAGUACAGCGACAGUCGAGCGUCAGCUUCCGAUGCGUACGGUUGUCUUGGGAGCAUUUUCGUCCUUAACAGUGUGAUAAAUAAAAUAUUUCAAGAGACAAACUGACUACGAAAAAGACAACACUCGAUUUGAGUUUCCACAAAACUAAUAUAUGGUGUAUACUGAUUUAAUGGAACAGUGGUGAUAUAUCACUAUGGUAUAUGUAAUUGCUUUGUCAGUGAUAGCAGGUGUAUUAGGCCUGUAUUAUUAUUUUUUUAAGGAUUUAAAUUACUUUAAAAAACAUGGCAUACCGCAUAAACCACCUCUUCCUCUAUUGGGAAAUAUGGGACCAACAUUUUUGCGUCUUCAGUCGAUAGGCGAACUUGUGAACGAACUUUACAACAUAAAUCCUGAGGCAAAAUAUGUUGGCAUGUUUGAUAUGAACAUCCCAGUUGUAAUGGUCCGCGAUCCCGAGCUUAUUAAAUCUAUCACGUUAAAAAACUUCGAAAUGUUCCGGGAUCAUCGCACAUUCAUCAAUGAAGAGCAAGAUCCACUAUUUGGCAAAAAUCUUUUCUCUCUUCCCGGUGACAAAUGGCGGCAAGUACGAUCUUUACUGACCCCAGCUUUCACAUCCAGCAAAAUGAGAAGCAUGUUUAAGCUUAUGACGGAUUGCGGUAUCAAUUUCGCUAAUCACUUGGCGCAAUUGCCACCAGAGCAGAGGACAAAGGAAAUGAGAGAUGCCUUUACGAAGUAUGCUAGCGACGUGAUUGCUACGUGCGCUUUUGGUAUUAACGUUGAUACUAUGAAAAACCCAAAGAAUGACUUCUAUGUACACGGCAAAGAAGCAGCCACUAUUAACAUAAUUUCAUUCAUAAAGUUAUACAUAUUUAGGACCUUUCCUUGGUUAGCAGAACUUCUCAACUUGAAGUUAUUUCGUCAGAAGGUAGCAGAUUUUUUCCGAAACCUCGUAACGAACACCAUAAAAACCAGAGACGAGAAUGGUAUCAUCCGUCCUGAUAUGCUGCAAUUGAUGAUGGAAAAUAGGGGUAAAGAAGGCAAGGCAGAGUUGUCUAUCGAUGAUAUGGUAGCACAGGCAUUCGUCUUUUUUUUGGCUGGAUUCGACGGUACUUCAAAAUUAAUGGCUUUCGCCGCUCAUGAAAUUGCAGUAAACCGAGAUAUACAAGAGAAACUUCAAAAGGAGAUUGACCAGGUCUUGGAAGAUGCGAAUGGACAGGUCCCUUACGAAGCGAUUAAUGGCAUGGAAUAUUUAGAUGCAGUGAUCAACGAAGCUCUCAGAAAGUAUCCGAUUGCUGUAGCAAUGGACAGAUUAUGCUUAGAAGAUUUUGAGUUGCCGCCGACGUUACCAGGAAUGAAACCAUUUACAAUAAAGAAAGGACAAGGCGUAUGGGUACCGGUUUAUGGACUUCAUCAUGAUCCGAAUUACUUUGAGGAGCCAGAGAAGUUUGAUCCCGACCGGUUUCGUGGUGAACGGAAGAAGGACAGCCUCAACUGUGGAGCCUACCUUCCUUUUGGUCUUGGUCCCAGAAUGUGCAUAGGUAAUAGAUUCGCAUUGCUGGAGACGAAGGUUCUACUUUUUUAUCUAUUGGCCCGUUGCGAUUUGAGAACUUGCGAGAAGACGUCAAUACCACUCACGCUCGCCAAGGACGGCUUUAAUAUGAAUGCUAAAGAUGGAUUCUGGAUGAAGGUGUUGCCACGUAAAAAUAUACAUCACGCUUUUGAAGCUAAUUUUGUUAAUGGAACGCACUAAAUAUAAAAAGAUACAAAGAAACCUCAAGAACCGUGAAAAAGGAUAUUUCUUUCUUAGUGAUCCAGCAAGAAGAUACUUACGUUGCUGCAGGUUCCAAUAGGGAUAUUCUUAGAUUAGAAGUAUUUGCUACAUAUAUACAUAUAAUGGUCAUAAAAUAUUUUCUAAGUUUCUCAUAAAAUGGCGAAAGAAGAGAACAUGGAAAAAAUUAAUAGAUUAAAUACUUCUUCUUAUCUCACAUUGUUAUUAAUGAAAGGUGAGUUUGCUUAUUGUCACCAGUAAUGAUUAAAGAUUAUUCAGACGGCAAACUUAUAGUCAACCCAACUGGCUACUUAUUUAAUUAGUUUAUGUAAAAACUAAACGAGAGAGACACCUUCUGACUAGAAACAAAGAACACAAAAAUGACAAAAAAAGACGAAAGCUGCCACUCCGUGGUCAGCAAACACCGUGAAUCACAUGAUCACGAGUUCAAUUGGUCGGAACCAAAAAUUUUACAUUGCGAGCGCCUUAGAAGGAAAAGAGACAUCGCCGAAAUGUUCUUUAUCAAGAAGACAGAUAACACUCUUAAUUUACAGACACCGAAAACUUAAAUGUAAUAUACGACGGUGUAAUCAAAACUGUUUGGUUCGCAUCACCUUGUAUUGUUCUUAAGACAUGACAAACAAAUUAGUUCGAGCCUAGCUACCACAGUGCUCACACGUAUACAUAUAUUUUAUAACUGGACUCUGUCUUAUUCGACGACGAUAACUGACUUAGGUGCGUUACUGAACUUUUAACUAUUUAACUAAAUCCUACUUAUUUAUUUACUAACCUACAUUGUUCAUAACUGCGUUGAUGUUGUUGAUUUGCGGUAUCACUCGAAAAGGACCCAAAAGAAUAGGGUCGAAACGUUGUGUAAUAAACUAAUUAAAUAACUAGCCAGUUGGGUUGACUAUAAGUGUCUCAAUUGUUAUUAAUGAUCAAUUUGUAACGCUUAACUUCAUUAUUAAAAAUUAUUAAGAUUGUAAAGUGAUAUCCACUUUUAAUGUCUAUUACAUUUCUUUGACUUUUUUUUGUAGAACAAAUUUUUUCAUUUUUUAUAUUAAUAUAAAGAUGUGUCGUAGGCAAACAAAAGGUUACAAAUAGCUUCAGCAAGCGAUUAAAAAUAAAGGUAGGUAGGGAGAAAUGGCCAAUGCGAGCCUCCAGCAGAUGUCCGUGCGAAAUUAUCGAUGUUUUUUGAAAAAACACACUUUAUUAAAAGAUCCAAACGUUUCGACCCGUUUUUGGGUCAUCCUCAGUGAAGCUGAUUAUAAAUAAUUAGACUUAAUCUGAUCCACUGUUCACACGACUGUCAUCUAUUAUCAACGCAAUUUUGUCUUUGAACUGGUGUUUGCCAAGUAAAGAGUGCGAUUUGUAUAAUUGAUAAUUCCAAGUUAAGAGAGGACAGUCACGACGAGUGGUAAAUAACAAUUCGAUUAAAAAUAAUUCGAGCGACCUUUGAAAAAAAUCAAAAUUUAAUUAUACAUAAAAAAUUAUAUCGAAAAAUAAUUAAUUCAUUAAUAUAAAAAUGGUUAUAAAGGUUAGUUAUAAGGUAAUGGUUUACUACAUAAAAAUUCUGACUUAUUUUUACCCUAUGUACCUGUAUACAAAAUAGUGUGUAUAAAUAGAUAUGUAACAUUAAAAAAUGUACAUAAAAUACACAUUUAUGAAAAGUA